AUGUUACAGACUGCAGUUUGUGAAGUGUCUGUUGACACGGCUUAUGUGUUGCAGGGGGAUUCUGGGGGUCCUCUGGUGAGGAAACCAAAAUGGCGCUGGAUCCAGGCAGGAGUGGUGCCUUGGGAUAAACAAUCACAUCACAGCCAACCAGCCCGGCUUCAUCGCUUCAGCUCCUCUGGCACCGACCGCGAAUCAGAGCGUCACCUGCCUGCUCUUCCAUCUAACUACACACCAUCUAAACCACCCAACACCAUCGACAUUGCUGCGUGUGUGGCGAUGGCACCCAAAAACAGCCGGAUGGUCGGAGGCCAGGCUGCACCUGAUGGAGCCUGGCCCUGGCAGGUCGUAUCCACAGAGGAGGAGGUCACUCCUGUGGAGGGCUCCUCAUCAAAACAGUGGGUGCUGAGACGCGCGCGAAACUGCCAUCGAGUCGGGGCGUCAAAGCCAAGAGGGCCCCAACCCCAACGAAGUGAGGUCGCACAUCACUCAGUUCAUUCAACCACCGUGACUACCACGAGGCCACCCAAGGAUACGACAUGUCACUGUCAAGCUGUCCUCCUCCGUCACUUCACAGCAUACAUAAAGCCUGUGUGCUUGGCGGGCCUCCGGCAGUGCCCUCCACAGUGGCACAGACACCUGGAUCACAGGCUGGGGGGACAUCCAAUCUCUGGGUUCCUCUGCGCCGCCACAGAAACUGAUGCGAGGUGGGGAAUGCCCAUCAACGGGAUCGACAGUGCCUUUUGUAAUAAACUCAACCAUCCGUAUCCACCAGAACCCAAUAUGCGUGUGCGGGACUGA